UUUUGAUUUUUUUUGUUUUUUUCUAAAUUUUUCGAAUUAUUCUGAUUUUUAGUUUUUUGAUUUUUCUUGCGUCCUCUGAUUUUCUGUGUUCUGAUUUUUUCUAAAUUUUUGUGAUUUUUAUUUUUUCUAUUUUUUCUUAUACCUCUUCUGAUUUUCUUAGUUUUUUUUUUAAUUUUCCAAUAUAAAAUUUAAUUUUUUAGAAGAACAAAAAAUUCUUUUAACAACAACAAAUCCUCUAAAUCAACAACCAAAUAUAUUACCUGAUUCAGAUAAUAAACUAGGUAGUGGAUGUAGAAGAAGACGAAUAGCAGAAAAACUCCAAACAACAAUGUCUACUUUAAAACAAGUUGGGGGAGGAAUUAGAAAAAGAAGAGGAGGUAAUAAUAUUCCAGAAAUUACAACAACACCUAGAGAAGAAAUAGAAUCAACAUCGAGAAUGUCUACUGACCCUCCAGAAUCUCCACCACCCUCACAAACAUCCCAAUCUUUACAAAAUAGUCAAGGAGAAUCUCAGAUAUUUAUUGCUAUUUCGGAUGUUCUUGACCGGGAAUUUUUUAAUUCAUUGGAAGGAUUUCCAAAAGAAAUAAAUAUUGAUGAAUUACGUUUUGAACCAGGAAAUGCUUACAAUCCCCAAGUUAUUUGUGAAACUAAAACUAAAGGAAAAUUAGUUUUUGGAAAUCUACCGGCUAAUGAAAGAAAAUUAAAAAUUAAUUCCCAGAUUGAUAGAGUACAAACAAUGAUUGAACGGGUAACUCGUGAAAGGCGUUCUUUACCUUGUAAAAAUGAUGAAGAUUUAGAUAUUGUCGAUAACCGGUUACAAGCUUUAGCCUUAGUGAUGCUUUUAUAUUGUUCUGGACUUUCGGUAAAAAUUUAUUGA